AUGGCCCACCGUUUAAAGUCACUGGGAAUCAAACCCGAGUUUUCUACUCCAUUAUGGCCUCAAGGCAAUGCCCAAGUUGAGAGAUUUAUGCAACCCCUUGGAAAAGCACUCAAAACAGCCAAAAUCGAAGGUCGCCCAUGGAAGCAAGAGCUCAAUAGAUUCUUGCUACAGUAUAGGACGACACCACAAAGUCCUACCGGUGUUCCUCCGGCUGAACUACUCUUCAAUCAGACGGUACAAGGCAAGUUACCCAUUCUUCACAGGACGAACAUUGUGAACCGACCUAAGGAAGCUCGUGAAAAUGAAAACAAGCGACAGAAGUAUAACGAAAGAUAUGCAAACGAAAGGAGGAAUGCAAAGGAAAGUGGAAUCAAAGAGGGAGACUAUGUGUUGGUGAAACAACCUAAGGCAAAUAAACUAACGCCAAAUUUCAAUCAAACAUCUUAUGUUGUUAUUUAUCGGAACAAAACAGUAGUUAGAGAUAGAAAUAAAGAUGGACAUGAAAUAGAACGAAAUGUUUCACAUUUUAAAAAGAUACCCAAACCCAGCAAAGAUAAUGAAGAUAAGUCAGAGAAAACCGACGAUUUCAGUACAGAGAGUAACAAUCGGCGUACUCCAGAGGAAACAGUACAGUUUAACAUGAACAACCGUAAUAACAACAAUUAUGGUAACGGUAUGAAUGAGCACCCUCGACGGUCCACGAGAGUAAGAAAGCGACCCGAAAGAUACGGACAAACAUUACCGUCUAACAUUGUUACGUGACUUUUAUUAAAGUAAUAACUAUAGAUAAAUUAGUAUUAAUUUGUGAUAUGGACACAAUUUAUAUUCGAACAGUUAAAACAUUUAUGUUUUGUUAAAACAAAGGGAAUGGUGUAGUGAUGUCAUAGACUUGAGUGACAGAUAUAGUCAUGUGACCGGAGAGCACAUGGAAUCAUUAGGAUUAGUAUUUUGUAGCGUGCAGUUGAUAUUAGAAAUAAACUAUGUAAAAGAGAAUACAAAUAUUAUAAGGACAACGAUCCUGGCAGUGACGACAAGGUUCCUGGCGGUCAGGACAAGGUUCCUGGGGGUGAAGACAAGGUUCCUGGCGGUGAGGACAAGGUUCCUGGCGGUGACGACAUUGUUCCUGGCAGUGAGGACAAGGUUCCUGGCGGUGACGACAUGGUUCCGGGCGGUGAGGACAAGGUUGCUGGCGGUCAGGACAAGGUUCCUGGCAUUCACAAAUAGUUUCCUGGCGGUGAGGAGAAGGUUGCUGGCGGUGAGGACAAGGUUCCUGGCGGUAAGAACAAGGUUCCUGGUGGUGAGAACAAGGUUCCUGGCAGUAAGGACAAGGUUCAUGGCGGUGAGAACAAGGUUCCUGGCAGUGAGGACAAGUUUCCUGGCGGUGAGGACAAGGUUCCUGGCGGUGAGUACAAGGUUCCUGGCGGUGGCGACAAGGUUCCUGGCGGUGAGGACAAGGUUCCUGGCGGUGAGGACAAGGUUCCUGGCGGUCAGGACAAGGUUCAUGGCAGUGAGGACAACGUUCCUGGCGGUGAGAACAAGGUUCCUGGCGGUGAGGACAAGCUUCCUGGCGGUGAAGACAAGGCUCCUGGCUGUGAGGACAAGGUCUCUGGCGGUGAGGACAAGGUUCCUGGCGGUGAGGACAAGGUUCCUGGCGGUGAGGACAAGGUUCCUGGCGGUGAGGACAAGGUUCCUGGCAGUGAGGACAAGGUCCCUGGCGGUGAGGACAAGGUUCCUGGCGGUGAGGAUAAGGUUCCUGGCGGUGAGGACAAGGUUCCUGGCGGUGAGGACGAAGUUCCUGGCAGUGACGACAAGGUUUCUGGAAAUGAGGACAAGGUUGCUGGCGGUGAGGACAAGGUUCCUGGUCGUGAGGACAAGGUUCCUGCCGGUGAGGACAAGGUUCCUGGCGGUGAGGACAAGGUUCCUGGUGGUGAGGACAAGGUUCCUGGCGGUGAGGACAAGGUUCCUGCCGGUAAGGGCAAGGUUUCUGCAGGUGAGGACAAGGUUUCUGCAGGUGAGGAAAAGGUUCCUGGCGUUGAGGACAAGGUCCUGGCGAUGUGGACAAGGUUCCUGGCGGUGAGGACAAGGUUCCUGGCGUUGAGGACAAGGUUCCUGGCGGUGAGGACAAGGUUUCUGGCGGUGAGGGCCAGGUUCCUGGCGGUCAGGACAACGUUCCUGGCGGUUAGGACAAGGGUCCUGGUUGUGAGGACAAGGUUCCUGCGUGUGAGGACAAGGUUCCUGGCGGCGAGGACAAGGUUCCUGGCGGAGAGGACAAGGUUCCUGGUCGUGAGCACAAGGUUGAUGCCGUUGAGGACAAGGUUCCCGGCGGUGAGGACAAGGUUCCUGGCGGUGAGGACAAUGUUCCUUGUCGUGAGGACAAGGUUCCUGCCGGUGAGGACAAAGUUCCUGCCGGUGAGCACAAGGUUCCUGGCGGUGAGGACAAGGUAACUGGCGGUGAGGACAAGGUUCCUGACGGUGAGGACAAGGUUCCUGACGGUGAGGACAAGGUUCCUGGCGGUGAGGACAAGGUACCUGGCGGUGAGGACAAGGUUCCUGGCGGUGAGGACAAGGUUCCUGGCGGUGAGGACAAGGUUCCUGGCGGUGAGGACAAGGUUCCUGGCGGUGAGGACAAGGUUCCUGGCGGUGAGGACAAGGUUCCUGGUGGUGAGGACAAGGUUCCUGGCAAUGAGGACAAGGUUCCUGAAUGUGAGGACAAGUUUCCUGGCGGUGGGGACAAGUUCCUGAUGCUGAGGACAAGGUUCCUGGCGGUUAGGACAAGGUUCCUGGCAGUGAGGACAAGGUUCCUGACGGUGAGGACAAGCUUCCUGGCGGUGGGGACAAGUUCCUGGUGGUGACGACAAGGUUCCUGGCGGUGAGGACAAGGCUCCUGGCAGCGAGGACAAGGUUCCUGAUGCUGAGGACGAGGUUCCUGACGAUGAGGACAGGGUUUGUGGCGGUGAGGACAAGGCUUGUGGUAGUGAGGACAAGGUUCCUGACGGUGAGGACAAGGUUCCUGGCUGUGAGGACAAGGUUCCUGGCGGUGAGGACAAGGUUCCUGGCGGUGAGGACAAGGUUCCUGACGGUGACGACAAGGUUCAUGACGGUGAGGACAAAGUUCCUGGCGGUGUGGACAAGGUUCCUGCCGGUGAGGGUAAGGUUGCUGCGGUUGAGGACAAGGUUUCUGGCGGUGAGAACAAGGUUCCUGGAGGUGAGCACAAGGUUCCUGGCGGUGAGGACAAGGUUCCUGGCGGUGAGGACAAGGUUCCUGGCGGUGAGGACAAGGUUCCUGCCGGUGAGGACAAGGUUUCUGGCAGUGAGGACAAGGCUCCUGCCGGUGAGGAGAAGGUUCCAGGCAGUGAGAACAAGGUUCCUGGCAGUGAGGAGAAGGUUCCUGGCGGUGAGGAUAAGUUCCUGGUGGUAGGAACAAGGUUCCUGGCGGUGAGGACAAGGUCCCUGGCGGUGAGGACAAGGUUCCUGGCGGUGAGGACAAGGUUCCUGGCGGUGAGGACAAGGUUCCUGGCAGUGAGGACAAGGCUCCUGAUGCUGAGGAAAAGGUUCCUGACGAUGAGGACUGGGUUCGUGGCGGUGAGGACAAGGCUUGUGGUAGUGAGGACAAGGUUUCUGGCAGUGAGGACAAGGCUCCUGCCGGUGAGGAGAAGGUUCCAGGCAGUGAGAACAAGGUUCCUGGCAGUGAGGAGAAGGUUCCUGGCGGUGAGGAUAAGUUCCUGGUGGUAGAAACAAGGUUCCUGGCGGUGAGGACAAGGUCCCUGGCGGUGAGGACAAGGUUCCUGGCGGUGAGGACAAGGUUCCUGGCGGUGAGGACAAGGUUCCUGGCGGUGAGGACAAGGUUCCUGGCGGUGAGAACAAGGUUCCUGGCAAUGAGGACAAGGUUCCUGGAAAUGAGGGGCAGGUUCCUGGCAAUGAGGACAAGGUUCCUGCCGGUGAGGAUACGGUUCCUUUGGGUGAGGACAAGGUUCCUGCCGGUGAGGACAAAGUUCCUGGCGGUGAGGACAAGCUUCCUGGCGGUGAGGACAAGCUUCCUGCCGGUGAGGACAAGGUUCCUGGCGGUGAGGACAAGCUUCCUGACGGUGAGGACAAGGUUCCUGACGGUGAGGACAAGGUUCCUGGCGAUGAGGACAAGGUUCCUGGCGGUGAGGACAAGGUUCCUGGCGGUGAGGACAAGGUUCCUGGUGGUGAGGACAAGGUUCCUGGCAAUGAGGACAAGGUUCCUGAAUGUGAGGACAAGGUUCCUGGCGGUGGGGACAAGUUCCUGAUGCUGAGGACAAGGUUCCUGACGUUGAGGACAAGGUUUGUGGCGGUCAGGGCAAGGCUUGUGGCAGUGAGGACAAUGUUCCUGACGGUGAGGACAAGGUUGCUGGCGGUGAGGACAAGGUUUCUGGCGGUGAGGACAAGGUUCCUGGCGGUGAAGACAAUGUUCCUGGCGGUGCGGACAAGGUUCCUGGCGGUGAGGACAAAGUUCCUGGCGGUGCGGACAAGGUUCCUGGCGGUGAGGACAAGGUUCCUGACGGUGAGGAGAAGGUUCCUGACAGUGAGGACAAGCUUCCUGGCGCUGGGGACAAGUUCCUUGUGGUGAGGACAAGGUUUCUGGCGGCGAGGACAAGGUUCCUGGCAGUGAGGACAAGGUUCCUGAUGCUGAGGACAAGGUUCCUGACGAUGAGGACAGGGUUUGUGGUGGUGAGGACAAGGCUUGUGGUAGUGAGGACAAGGUUCCAGACGGUGAGGACAAGGUUCCUGGCUCUGAGGACAAGGUUCUUGGCGGUAAUGACAAGGUUCCUGCCGGUGAGGACAAGGUUCGUGAUGCUGAGGACAAUGUUCCUGACACUAACGACAAGGAUCCUGCCGGUGAGGACAAGGUUCCUGGCAGUGAGGACAAGGUUCCUGGCGGUGAGGACAAGGUUCCUGGCGGUGAGGACAAGGUUCCUGGCGGUGAGGACAAGGUUCCUGGCGGUGAGGACAAGGUUCCUGGCAGUGAGGACAAGGUUCCUGGCAGUGAGGACAGGGUUCCUGGCAGUGAGGAGAAGGUUCCUGACAGUGAGGACAAGCUUCCUGGCGGUGGGGACAAGUUCCUGUUGGUGAGGACAAUGUUCCUGGCGGUGAGGACAAGGUUCCUGGCAGUGAGGACAAGGCUCCUGAUGCUGAGGAAAAGGUUCCUGACGAUGAGGACUGGGUUCGUGGCGGUAAGGACAAGGCUUGUGGUAGUGAGGACAAGGUUCCUGACGGUGAGGACAAGGAUCCUGGCUGUGAGGACAAGGUUCCUGGCGGUGAGGACAAGGUUCCUGGCGGUGAAGACAAGGUUCCUGCCGGUGAGGACAAGGAUCCUGAUGCUGAGAACAAUGUUCGUGACACUGAGGACAAGGAUCCUGCCGGUGAGGGCAAGGUUCCUGGCAGUGAGGACAAGGUUCCUGGUGGUGAGGACAAGGUUCCUGGCAAUGAGGACAAGGUUCCUGGCGGUGAGGACAAGGUUUCUGGCGGCGAGGACAAAGUUCCUGGCGGUAAGGACAAGGUUCCUGGCGGUGAGGACAAGGUUCCUGGCGGUGAGGAAAAGGUUCCUGAUGGCGAGGGCAAGGUUCCUGCCGGUGAGGACAAGGUUCCUGCCGGUGAGGACAAGGUUACUGCCGUUGAGGACAAGGUUCCUGGCGGUGAAGACAAGGUUUCUGGCGGUGAGGACAAGGUUCCUGGCGGUGAGGACAAGGUUCCUGGGAAUGAGGACAAGGUUCCAGGCAAUGAGGAGCAGGUACUGGCAAUGAGGAGCAGGUACCUGGCAAUGAGGACAAGGUUCCUGACUGUGAGAACAAGCUUCCUGGUGGUGGGGACAAGUUCCUGGUGGUGAGGAGAAUGUUCCUGACACUGGGGACAAGGAUCCUGCCGGUGAGGGCAAGGUUCCUGGCAGUGAGGACAAGGUUCCUGGCGGUGAGGACAAGGGUCCUGGCAAUGAUGACAAGGUUCCUGGCGGUGAGGACAAGGUUCCUGGCGGUGAGGACAAGGUUCCUGAUGGCGAGGACAAGGUUCCUGCCGGUGAGGAGAAGGUUACUGCCGGUGAGGACAAGGUUCCUGGCGGUGAAGACAAGGUUUCUGGCGGUGAGGACUAGGUUCCUGUCGGUGAGGACAAGGUUCCUGGCAAUGAGAACAAUGUUCCUGGAAAUGAGGAGCAUGUUCCUGGCGGUGAGGACAAGGUUCCUGACGGUGAGGACAAAGUUCCUGGCGGUGAGGACAAGGUUCCUGGCGGUGAGAACAAGGUUCCUGGCGGUGAGGACAAGGUUCCUGGCGGUGAGGACAAGGUUCCUGGCGGCGAGGACAAAGGUCCUGGCGGUGAGGACUAG